AUGGCCAAUAUUCCCCGCACCACAGUUGGAUGGCUCUGCGCCGAUGCAGGCCAAAUGGUCAUGGAGGUUGCGGCGGCCGUGUUGGAUGGAGAAGGACAACGCGAGAAAGAUCUGCAGACGUCCCCCGCCCCCGUCUUACCCGCCUUUUCUUUUCUUUUUUUCAAAGGUGCAGACCGAGCCCUCUGCAGUCUCCAAAUACCCACCGUUGUCGUUGCUGAUGGCACUUGGACCACACUCGCCUCUCAAAACGUGGCUUCCUACGCAUUCGAACUGAUUCGUCUCAUGACCGACGCAUCAGCCAUGGAGAUCCCAUUGCUUUAUCACACCGAAAAUAUUGUCCCGCCCAGACCGGAUCCCCAGCUUCCCCCCUUUCCGCUCCAUCACUUCCCCACCUACGGCAACACGGUCCUGCUGGGCAUUCCGACGGAAAACGAACACAAAACAGCCCUCCUCCAUGAUUUCCUCGCGGAACGAGCGCCGGACGGCGUGAAGGUGCAUGUGGUGACGGUCCCGGUCGCGUCGGGCGUGGGCGAGCAGCCAUACAACGAAGCUGGCGUCGCUGGUGCUUACAAUCGCAUCAGUAACGCCCUAAACCAUCUACACGGCGCAGAAUUCGUGGAAACCUUCAAGGAAAAGCUUAUCGGAACGGUUAUCGUCGCGUCCAUCGAAAGCUACAUUCAGACCGAGGAUAUUGAACGCCCAGCUGACUUCGGCAUCGUGGUGGUCCACAAUGCCACGACCCAACAGACUAGAGCAUGCUGCUCAAAGGGCACCACGCUUCCGCCAGAAUACGUCCGUCGAGCCCAGCACUUUGGUUCUGACGGGGAUCCAAAUCAUGGCAAUGUGACGGUCGGCCAGAUACUGGCGGCGAGGGUGCCGGGACUAGACAAGGCUGAUUGGCAAGCUGUACUUGGCGGACGGUCACGAUACGAGCUGCUGGGUGAAGCGACCAGACGGCUGACGAUACCGUGGUAA